CAAUAAGUGAAAAGGUGGAAAAGAGAGAAGAAAAAAAGGAUGGGGAAAAUUGAGAUAGCGAUAGCUUUGUAUAAGUAUAAUAAUCUUUAAAAGAGUGAUGAUAAAAUAGUCUUUACUAAAAAAAAUAUCGACCUUUACAAGGUGUGAAAUGAGAAAAACUAAAUUUAUUUAUUCUCGUUUAUUUACAAUAGGCCUACAAGGGGAGAAUGAAAAAAAAAUAGGAGUAUUAUAAUGAUUCUCUUAGAAUUUGAAUAUAGAGCUUAUUAUAGAAAUGAUUGAAGGACUGUCGGUCAAUGAACAUUUUACUAGUUUAUAUAAGUACAUUCUGAAAAUUUCUUUAUUACUAAUCCUAUGUUCAAUUUUUCGAUGAUCUAGUAAUUUUCUCACGUCGUUAUGGUAGCAAUCCGUCAACUAAACACUUUCAAUAAAAGACAGUCUGAAAAAGGGAAGAACAAAAGGGAAUAGUGCUUGACUAAAAAUGAGUUUGACAGUUGAUGAAAGUUCAUUAAGGAAUUGCAUAGACGAAAAUACUAAGGCGAUCAGGUUACUUGGAGAUUUGGUAAAGUUAAUAAGUAAACAAAAGGAGGAAGAUGAUAUAUUGCAAGAAGAAAGAGAAGAAAGUAUACAAGUGCAAGUUCGUUGCGUGUUCGUUAGAAUUAACGAUAUCGAUACCAUUUCCCAAAAGUAUUCUGCCGACGUCUUUAUCCAAGCUCAAUGGGCUGAAGCGAACCUAGCAGGGUACUCCCAGAAUGAAUUAGAUCGUCUAAAUUGGAAGCGACAAUGGCAUCCGAGAAUAAAAGUAACGAAUGUCCUGGGUGAUUUGGAACGCAGCGACGAAUGGACAGUCGCUAAAGCAGGAUCUGAGUAUGCGGUCUGCAGUCAAAGAAUGAGAUUAAAAGGAGAUUUUAAAGAGAAUCUAGAAUUGAGGGAUUUUCCAGUUGACGUUCAAGAAUUAUCGAUCCAUGUAACUAGCGAGCACCCUGCCUCUAAAGUGAAAUUAAUAAAAGAUGCGUUUAUUUUAAGUUCGUGCGACGUUUCCGAGUUCGGCGAUUCGCACGAAUGGACGCUUUUUGAGCAUGUCGACUCGCAAGAGAGCGAACUAAAUACGCAGGAAAUGAAUUCGAAGAAAUUUACGAGGUCCAAAAUUACGUUGACCUGUCACGUAGCCCGAAAGGCCGGCUAUUUUUUCUGGAAUGUUGCCCUCAUUAUGUUUUGUAUAACAUCUUUGACGUUUUGUAGUUUUACAGUAGAUAAGGAAAGUCCAAAAGAUAGGUUGGGUAUAACUCUCACACUUCUCCUAACGUCUGUAGCUUUCAAGAUGGUUGUCUCUAGAUCAUUACCAACGAUCUCUUAUUUGACGAGUUUGGAUAUUUAUAUACUCAUUAACAUGAUGAUUCUUGUCGUGCAGUCUAUACACACUACAUGUAUUUCGCUAAUAACCAAUAAGAGUAUACAAGAUAAAGCUGACAAGUAUUUCCUCUAUGCUCUAGCUACUUUUUUCGUUAUGGAUCACGUAGUAUUUUCAGCCUAUGUUCUGUUAGCGUCUUACAGAAAAAGAGUUUACAUGUUAAGAAGGGAUAAAGAUUAUCAGAGUGAAAAAAAUAGACUAGAACGUUUAGCCUUGGACAAUCAUGUGAAUGGAGAUUUAUUUAUUACAAUGAAAUAAUGAUAUAGAUGGCAGUAGCGUAUUCUGUUUCCUUAACUAACUCUCAAUUUUCUCUCUCUCUACUAUAUACAUAUAUAAAUUUAUACAGUAUGUAUAAAUAUAUAUAAAUUUAUAUAUAUAUAUAGAUAGAUAGAUAUACAAGUACAUAUAUGUCAUUCUAUCUCUUUCCACUUCUUCCAUUUCUUCUAAAGAUGAAGCCAUAUGCAUUUCACUCCCUUGAUUAAUAUAUACCUAGAACGGUUUUAUAAUCAUCUAAUUUCAGCUUUUUAUUUAAUGAAUUGAUUAAAUUGAAUAAAAACUAAAUGGAAAAAAUAAAGUAGAUUAUAAAAGGUCCUUAAAAAGUCACGAGGUGCUUAGGUAGAUGACCAGAAUCGCCAACCAGGAAAGCCGAAACGGUUCCAUCCGGGUGGCACAUAAUCCACGUUAUUGAACAAUGAGUCAAAGCAAUUCUCAUCCAGGCAGCAGGUGGCAAUUGAAGAGCCCUUAAAAGUAAAAAUCGAACAAUAUUGCCGUGAGCUACCAACAAGUCGUAGGUUUGAAAUUUCAUUGAGUUUUCAUGUCGGUAGAAAUACUUUCGAAAAGUGGACUCCAUUCUUGGGCCGUCAAUGUGAUAAGAACGUUCGCUCAUUUUAAAAUGAGUUAAUCUGGGAAUUGGUUCUACGGGUCCUCCUUCCCUAAGUCCAUCGUCAGCUUCCGCUUUGGCCCAAUUAAGCGUCUGAUGAAUGAUUUUAGCCGUUUCUUCGGCUCGGGGCAUUGAGGAAUAAUAAAUAUUGCUGAAAGGAUGUUUAAUGUCUUUCAAUCUCCUGGCAGUUAGAUUGGCUUGUUGCCUGCCCAAAUCCGUCAGUCUACCGGUUUCUUUAUCGAAUUGACCAUGUCUGACGAGGAACACGUUUCUGGUUACCGAUGCUUUCUUACCGGUUUUCUUCUGUUCACUUUUCCUUAAUAACAGUUGACUUAUAGUAUAUAUAUGUAUAAAUUAUGAAUAUAUAAUCGUCGAGUAUAUUUGAUACUGUAUAUAAGAUGUAUUAUUUAAUACUUUGAAGGUAAAGUAAACGAAAUAUGGAACGGUUCAGAAAAGAGCAAAUGGGAAAACUAUUAGAAUAUAUGGAAGAGAAUAGAGUUCAAAAAGGCUUUCGAGACUAAGAAGAGAUUUGAAGUCUUAAUAUACAGUAGCGUAUAUUUAUAAAAUACAGUAUUUAUAUAUACAGCAUGCGGUACUUACAAAUCCCAAUUGUAAUUCCAUUGGUCUACAUAAGCCGUACUUUUCCGAUUUCCCAAUCGCUCCCCAAUCACUUGGCUUCGCCAUUCCUUACAGAUUAAAAUUACUAGUAAUACGACUAUUAACAAGAUAGCUGUUACGCGGAAGCAAUAGAUAACUCUCGGUGUCAUAUCUAUUACUAGUUUGUUACUGUAUAAUCCUAGUCAACAUAGACUCCAUUUUGCCCGGCUAUACUCCCUUUUUUUUUAUACUAAUGCGAUUUUUCAAUAUGCUUUAUACAAUAAAAUGAAAAAAUCAAUUGAAGGAGAUUUCAAUACUCUUCAGCAUUUAUAUUUUUCAAUAUUCGUCCCCUUAACAAGUAUAAUUUUGACAAUUUCCUCGUUAUCCUUCAAAAACAAUAAUUUCCUUUUUUUUCUUUUUCUUUGUAGUUAUAUCAUGGAAAUAGAGUAUAAACUGGUACUAAAUUGUAGAUAAAAAGUAUAAAGUUUAGCUUAUACGAAUUGACAAAGAAGUAGAAAUAAGAAUGUGAUUUUAACAAAUACAGAGUAAAAGAGAAAGAGAGAGGGAGACAGAUAGAAGAAGAAUAUAGAAUUUCAUCUUGAUUUUAGGUAUAUAGUAUUUAUAAACCUAAUAGAAAUGAAAGAGAAAAGAUGGAUGAUAGAGAGAGAGAAAGAAAGACAGAAAAGAAAGAAAGAAAAGAGAGAGAAGGAGGGAAAAGAAAGAUAGUUUGCAUUAUAUAUAAAGAAAAUCUAUCAAAGAUAUAAAGAAAGCGAAGUAUUUAAAUAGUUAAUAAAUUAGAAAAUAGUUUAAAAAUAAGAAACUUUGAACAAGAAAGUCGAAUUGAUAAAAUCUUAUUAAUCUCUAUAUUACUUAAUCUCUUUACUUUUUCUUUGCAAAAAUUUAUCUGGCAGUCAUUUUGAAUGUUUUUUUUUCUUU